AUGAAUCAAAUAGAGUUUCCAGGUCCAAACGGAGGAUCACAAAGAGGAACGAACGUAAAGUCGUCCUCUUUCACGAUAGAAAACUUGUUGAAACCUGAGAAAAAGAGAAGCGGAUCAGAAUGUCCCGUGGAAACACCUUCCAAGAUAAAAGCACUUUCCGUAGCAGCACAUCUUGCAGGUUUGCAUUUUUCUCUUUCAUCUUCCAUUCUUUCAUCAGUAUGAGAGUGCGUUGAGCUUUUAUGAGAGGGCUGAUUUUGUAAAACUACCAAUCGAAAUUUGUUUCAGUGAAAUCUAUGCCUUCAGUUGCAAAGGAAACUUCAGUGCUGGGUAUAACAUUUAAAAAUGGUGUAAUUGUAGUUAGGAUUAAACAUUAUCCCACCUGUAGGUGCUUUCUAUGCUAGCUAAUUGAACUAAAAUACUGAUUUAGUAAAUUGUUUUCCCAACCAUCUCCAAAAACGUUUGAGCCACGAUUCUCUAAUGUCAUGCACUUUCUAUUUCUUUCAAAAAUAAAAAUGGUUUAGGCAACAUCAGUUGAUAUGUUUCAUAACAUAGUAACCCUUACUAGUAAACUAUGGUGUAAGUUGGUUAAAUUAGGCCGAUUGUCUGUCCUCCGUUUGUGUAGAUUUUUGUGUUAAAAAGUCUAGACUAGUAACUGAAAAUACAGACGUAAUAACCAUGCGAGCGGUGGAUGUAACCAUGAAACAUGGGGCACUGCUAAAUCGCUACAAGGUUUGGUCAAUGAACAUCAACUUGAAGCUUUUCUUGUCAUCGAUGACUCUCAGUCACAAUAUUGAAUUUGUCCACUGCAGAGGUCAGUACACAUGUAAGUUACUGUCGUUAUUUUAAAACGGACAAAAGUCCAAAUCUUUCCUCUACAUUUCAACACUCAAAAUUCUAGAAUACCACAAACAUGCAUCAGGAUAAAUUCCAACACUUGGCCUGUAACCAACGCCGAGUCUUUACGUUUCUCAGUCAAGAUGAUCACUCCUUUAGUCUCGUUUAAGUUUAACAAGGGUAUUCUUAAAACCAUUUAACGUUCAUUUAUAUAAUUAUUGUAGCGCUUAAAGGGUACUGUUAGUUGUAAUACCACGGAUUAAUGUUCUCGCGCGGAAGAACUGUUUUAUUUGUAGGAAACGAAACAAUUAUUUCAAUUCUUCAGUCUUACGAUUGAGUAACCACCUGUCAUUGGAUUGCUUUGCCAAUAAAACCAGUCUUUACCUCCCAGUAAGAUAAAUGAAGUUUUAAUCCAUCAGUUGACAAGACAAACGGAACCGUUUGAGGCUUUCCACUAAAUGCGGCAACAGACAAAAACAGUGUACAAGCAUGAUGUAAGGAUUUGGAUGUCUAGGUAUAGAAAGAGCUGGGCUGACUACUGAAGAGCGACUACCUUUGCUUAGUGCAGUUAAGAACUGUUCGCGUGUGAAGGAGAAAUGAGCUUCACUAACGGAGUUUUUGGAGUAGAAUAAAUUCAUUAUUUUAAAGAAAAUUACUCGGUAGAACGAGGCAGGUGAAGAUUGGCCAUUAAUAAAUAACGAUGCAUGGAAGCCAUGUCAAGAAAGUGUACAAAUAACCAAGUCCAACCUCAUGUUAACUCUAACCAAAACAAAUCUUCAGUAUUUGGGAAUUUUGAACUUGAGCAAUUUCGCGUAUCCCUGAGCUAUCGCAAUUCUACUGACACGGAAAUUUUGAAAAACAAGCUUAGGAUUGAAAUCGGCGCCAUGUGUGCUAUAAAUAAAAGUGGUAGUUGGUUAACUCGAAAUGCGCUUAAAUAAUGAAUAUAGGUUACAUGGCUUAGUCUAACAAAGAUAUACAGUACAAGUUUACCUUUAUAUUUCUAGUUGAAUAUCCAGUGCACAAUCUAUAGACAAAUUCGACCCAGACUGACUUAAGGGAUACUAUUUUCCAAGAAGACAUGUAGAAACGACACUUGUCGCUGUGCUGUAUGUCUCGGGUCACAUUAGUUACAGACACACAAACACUGAAUCGAAGGUUUUUUGCAGAAGCAAGCCUUUUCACCGACAACAAGAGCCAUUUUCUUGACGAAAACUAAGUCAAAUAAUGGAAUUGUCCAUUUGAAAAUUGGGUACCGGUGUAGCUAUUAGGAAGGGCUUCACGAAAAUUUAUGAGAUGGAAUUUUAACAAAACUAUAUUGUCUGCUAUUUUCUGUACAUUUACAUGCCGAUAAACAUGUAUGUCUAUAUAUUGUAAGCUGAGGCAAAUAAUAGCAUUUUCUAUUACAAAAUUAGGGUGUAGCUAUUGAGAGUGGUUUCUCCAAAAUUGAUGAGAUGGAAUUUAAAUACAACUGACAGUCGUAGUAUUCAAUCAUUCUCCGCUCUUUUCUGUAUAUUCAUAUCUCCAUAAUAUUAUAUGUUUUUAAAUAUUGCAGCAAAGUUAAAUUUGAUUAGUAUCAUAACUUUUUACCUAUGAAAGAAGGCUAAAAUGGCUCGAUGAAGAAAAUAACCUAAAUUCCAUCUAGACAACGAUUGCAUAGAGCCGACAUGCAUGAAAUUGAAGUAUUAGUUAUUUGCUGACUGAUAGUGAGGUUAGAUCUUAAGUCACAUUGCAAACACUGAAGAAACUCAACGAAAGCACAGAGGAGGAACUGUGAAUUCUAGGGAGUGCAUGGUUUAACAUACACCAGGAAGCUUGCUUUGUGAAAAGAAUAAUGGACCUUAGCCCGCUUUUAUCGCAGAUAUCACAAAUAACCAAAUGUCCUGUAAACUUAAGUCAUAAACUCAUACACGCCGUACUCCUAACACGUACAAAGAUGGCAAACAAAGCCAUGUUAUAAAUUCAAACUAGCACUUACUAGACUCUCUUAGAUAGCAAACAGGAAAAAGGAAUCGAUUGUAAUUUUAGCACUUUAGGUGAAGGAUAAACAUACAUCCAACGCUACAUCCAUGGAUCUGUUUUGCUAUCAUUGUAUAGGUCACAAUACAUCAUAUAAGUUGCCAUUUGUAUGUCCCUAUGUUUCCUUAAUUACUUCUGUUUAUUGUCUGCGUACUUUGAAAAAGGUUCUGCGAGAACCUCGUUUCAAUACUUUACGGUCAGUUUUUGUAUUGUUUUUUGCAACAGUUUUUGAUACUGAAGUAGUCAAGCUAAGUAUCAUUGAUUAUCAAGCUAAUCAAGCCAUUAUUUCUUUGAUUCAGAUAUCAUACUGGAGGCUCAUCAUGGCUCUUCUGUUCCACAGUGUCGGCGCACGCGCACUGCCUUCAAUCGUCGUCAGUUACGUGUCUUGGAAAGUACCUUUCUUAGAAAUCCAUAUCCUGAUGUGGCUCUGAGAGAAGAGCUUGCUUCCUUAACAAAUUUACCCGAGUCGAGAGUACAGGUAUAUUUCGACUCUUCCUUUUGGAGGAAGCGUGGCCGAGCGGUUAGAGCGCUGGACUUGUAAUCUGGAGGCCCCGAGUUCAAGUUCCGCCCUAAGAUCCCCUAACCGCUAGCUGGAUUUGUUCUCGGUAGUCCCAAGUUCAAAUCCUCGACCACCCAGGGGCACUCAACGAGAAUAUAACUCAAAACCACUUAAACAUAGCAUUUUUAAACGUAUUUUAGUAUUCAAACGGUAGAUAUAGGCAUAUUUUUAUCCCCUAAAAAUUUUGUUCGGAUUUCCUACCUGAAAGUCUGGUGAUCCGAACAUUAUAGGUAUCAAAAGUGACCUUUUCGAAAACAUCAGUCAGAAACAAGGCUCCCGAAAAUUCUAGGUGACCUUUUUAGGGUAAAAAUCCGUUACAAAUGGGCAAUUAUGCCAUUUUUUAGAUGUUCGAAAAUCGUAGGAGACAUGAGGCAAGCAAGAAAUUUUACAACAAAUGUUCCGAAAAUUCUAGAUCUGAAAUCGUCUUCCGAACCGAUAUUUUCCGAAAAUUGACGUUGGGUGCCCCUGCCUUGUUAAUAGCCAACUGGUUCGCCUCCUACCAGUUGGGAUUCUUAACCCUAUUAUGUCCAUUUGAAUUAUUGAUUCAUUAUCCCUGAAAAGCCCCAUAAAGGGGAGAGGAUAAUCAAGUAUUUGAUUUUUUCUUUCUUGAGUUACAAUAGCAAUUCAUUUGUCAGUAGUAUAAGACACUCACUUUGAAUAACAUUUCCCACUACACUGCAACAUUAAAUUUUUUCAUGUUUCUGUUUCGUUUGACAGAUUUGGUUCAAGAAUAGAAGGGCAAAGUUUAGAAGGGACGGGAGUGGUUGUAAUUCCUGCGCAUCAUUUCCAGUUCACUGUCCAUCUUACCAACCAUUUCAAGGACACUCUAACACAGCAACAGACCAGUCUAUGGUGUUUUCAAAUCACGAGAGACCCUUAUCUUUGACGAACAAUGCUUACCUUCAAAAUCGAGUGAUACAAGGGAAUGGCACCAGUGCUUUCUAUCACCCACAACGAAAUUCCAACAGUUAUCCUGCCUUUGGAACUUAUGUUUAGGAAAUUUCAGAUUUCUGGGAAAAUCAUUAGCAUCCAUUUUACAUGACUGGUUUAUUUGCACCUCCACUGGCACUGCAACGAAAAUGAAAGUCAACCACUGAAGAUCGAGUCAAAAAAUCUAUUUUGGUUUUAUGUCUGCUUCUAAGGAAUUUACAGGAGCUAUUCCACAACUUUUAUAACUAAUUUUGAAAAUCGUUGGUUGAUUUCAGUGUUUUCUACCGCAAUAAGGUCUUUGUACUAAAACUUUCAUGACGCAUUUGCUGUAUUGAUAUCGCUGAUAUGACGCACUCUGCGAUCGACUGAAGUAUUGAAUAAAAGCUAUGUAAAGGAGUAAUUACUAGUGUCACUUUUUUCCCGAGACCCAGUUUGCGACAUUUUACAUUACUUUAAAAAGCUAGAUGGACCAAGCAAUACCACCAAUGAAUCUUGAUAACGCACUCAAUAGAAUGAGGAAGAGGAAGCCUAUACAAGCAGACUAAAAACUUAUCCUCAUUUCUUAACAAAACAGGUGACCAUACCAAUAGUACCAUUAAAUAAAACCCCCAGUUAUAGGUAUCUUCAACUGCUUCAAUUAAUCUCAGAAACAAGCUCGGUAACAUCACUUUGUGUAUGGCUCAUGAUGGCUGUAUUGUAAUAUCAUCUCAUUUUACUUACUUGAAAUGUUCCGGUAGAUACUGAAACUGUUUUUUUUUAUGCUUAGGCAAGACGUUCUAGUUGCCUGUAGCACUACCGCUCACAUUCCUAUCAUCACCAUUCACCAAUGACCUCAAAGAAACCUUAGUGGCCGAACAUUUCAUUUAAAGGGGAAGGGGAGGGGGAGUGGGGGGAAGGGGGGCGGCAGCACCUCUUUAACAGGCCCAGUUUUAAGAGUUUGAUGGUGAGGUUUUAUAAUGAUUCACUGAUGAAGUUUAAGGUUGUCGAAGAUGAAGAGAAGUCAGUUGUACCACAAAAUAUUCAUAACAAGAAAAUAAAACAGAACGGGAGUCACUGAACUCUAGUUAACUGAAUAGGCCAAUUUUUCUUGUAUUUCGACAGAUACGCUGAUUAAUCUCCUAAUAAGGAGACUUUGUGUGUGCCACUGAUCCUAAAGCGACCUUUCGGCGAUGUUUUAGUGGCUAAUACGUCAGUCUUGACAGAAAAUGAUAAAUUGCUUUUCAACUGAGCGCGAUAGCAAAAUACAUUUAUUUACAUACGUAAAACAUGCAGCUCGCAUAGAGAGAUAAACUCGGCAAAGGAACAGAUUUUAGAAUCUCUGUAGAUAACGCCUGCAAAUCAAUAGAAGCAAUCAUUACCGGCUUGCGUUCGGCAUCUUUCACAACGUUUAUUAGUAUGUGACCUAACUGUACAAAUAAAUUAUCUCCCGUUGCCUUGGAUAAUAUCUAACCUUUGUAAUAGCGUGUAUAUAUAGGGUUAUAAUAAAUGUCUUCCUGUUUAGUCCCUAUGUAAACAACAGUUGUGGUCCUCGAACUCAAAAAGCACAGAAAGAGUGAACUAGAAUAUUUUCACUUAAAUCUCGCAAUCAGAAGCCCGUCCACCACAUAUCAACGGAAAAAGCAAAACAAGAACGGUAAGUAACAAAAUACAAAAAGAGAAGGGGUAAAAGUUAAUUUGAGCAUUGUAUAUGUUACAACUGAUAUUUCAUUUGUUACUAGAUUGAGAUCGUUCCAUGAGAAGCAAACAAAGUACUGGAUAUCAUUCUCAGUUUACCAACUACUUUAGCAUGUGGUGACAUGCAAUUAAACGUUACGCCAUAGUACACUGGGAUCGUCUAGCCGCGAGUUGAAAGAGCUAAGUCAUAGAAGCUGGUCCCAGAUACUUGCACAAAACCAGCACUCCUUACCAGAAUUUGUUUUGAUGGGAGAAUCGGCAGAGGAGCUGCCCUUUUCAGUGGCAAACAUCUUGAAGCUUGAUUUACCAAUAUCGGAGGUUACGAAAAAGGGCCAAUCCUCUUUCAAUGCAAACAAGGCGCUUACUCUCGCUGAACGAAUCGCAGGUAAGUUUUGUUUCUUUGGAGUUAAGUGUUAAUACGCGACAACAAUAACACGACAACCAGAACAUCUAUACUACUAAAUGAAGCUAAAUGACUUAAAUUUCUUAAGUUUAAUGAUGCAUGCAUGUUCUAUGGCUGAUGCACAUGUAUCAAAACUAGAACUCUUCCCAUCCUGAAACAUAAAAUAAAAUAAAAUGUUGCAUUCCCUUGAAUCGAUAUGUUAGUUUUACAACUCAGCCAUGCGUUAUGUUCCCCGGCUAAUUUUGGGCUACAGUCGCACUUAUCCCAAUAGAAUUCAACUGCUUUCAUGCGAAUACGUAUGUUUUCGAGAGAAUACAAGCUUUUUAAAAAGCUGGCCUUCUUUGAAAACAUUCUGGCCUUUUUCUUGCCAUCCGGCAUUAUUGAAUAGGCUUGGUCAUAUCUUUAUGCACACCAACUGAAUUUUUUCAAACUUCGAUGCAAAACUUGGUCAUUUCGAUAGACGAAAAAAAGACAAAGAACGUUUAACAGUUCCACGGUAGCUCAAUAUUACAUUGAAGGUCCUGAUGGAGACUUAAUCAAAUAGCUUUGUUCUUGGGUAUCUUUAGAAAUUCAAUGGAUGAAAAGCUUUUCAACGUGGGUCUAUAUAAGAAAUGUCAAGAAAAUGAUUUACAAGAUAUUCAAAUAGUAUUGAGACAGGAGACUGAGUUGUGCCUUAGAUCAAACUCUAUAUUCAGUUUUAAAAAAUUGUGUUUGAACAAAAUUUUAAUGGAAAACUGCUCUUCAUUAUGUAAUCACUACGCUUUGGAGCCUAGCGGGCGUUACAUCAUAAUGGGCGGAAAGUCAAAUCCCUCCUAAGUAGUGCUGAUCAUACAUGUAAAUGACUAUUGACAGUGAAUGUCUUUCAAACCACUACUUAGAGUUUAUCGCCUCUCGGAAAGCCAGGUAUACUUGUGGCACUAUAUAAUACAAAACAGGCACAUGUGAUUUCUUCUCUCGGGCAGCGCAGCCACGCCGAAGAUACAUUCUAAUCAGUAUGAUAACCAAAUUCCCCACAUCUUCUGCCUUACAUUAUAGAAUUGACUACCGCUCAGUAGGUUGAGCGAGGGUCGCUCAUUAUAAGAGUCGUCGGGCUAGGAAUUCUUAGAGAUUAAGAACCCAUACACUGGAAAUGAACUCCUACAAGACAAAUAUCAAAUAUUGCUCCCAUGUUAUUUUUCUGGGUUGUCACUGACGAACAGUAUUUCAAAAUACUAUUGAGUAUUCCACUCAGCACCACCAAGUCAUUGUGUUCGAGGUACCCAGUACGGUACAUUAGCAAGAAUACAGUAUAGUAGCGAGAUUAUAUUCUCUUUCAAAUUCAGUCACUUGAUGGAAUGGACACGAUUUUAAUGAUUACAUUCCAAGUCAGGCAUUCCCUGUCAGGUUGUAAUUAAUUGCCUUUGAGAGGUGGAAGGAUGAUAACCUCGAAUCCUUUUAAUUAUUUCGCAAUAUGCAAUGUACAGGUAAAAUGAUUAAAUAUACAGAUAAAUUUAACAAUUUAUCAAGAUAUGGCAUCAGGUAAACGUUCCACAAAUGGGAAGGGCAAAAAUACGGCCGGGUACCUUCAUUCUUUCUUUAUUCAUUCAUUUGCUUCAUCACGCAUUUAAUGGUUCACUCUUUUCUUUCAUUGUCUGCAUACCACUCUUUUCAGUUUACCAUUUUUCCUAGAAAAUAAAAGAAUACUGUUAGAAAAAAUACUCACUGCUAACUUAAAGUCAUUUGAAUAUUCUUUAGACGUGAUUAUGGAAGCAAAGAACAACGCAAAGGGUGGGGGACAGAAGCGCCGCCGCACGCGUACAGCCUUCUCUCACUACCAAUUGGCGACAUUGGAAAAUGCAUUUUCACGUAAUCACUACCCAGAUGUGGUGAUGCGUGAGCAGUUAACAAUAUGGACUGGGUUGCCCGACUCUACCAUACAGGUAUGAAGAAUUUGAGGCCAACAGCAUCGGAGCAAGUAAAUUUUCCGUUUUGCAGUGAACGCGAACCAAAUUUCCUUGAAUGGGUAAAAUAUAUGUUUUUGACAACUGCAAUUGCUUUUGCAAUCUCUGCGUUCUUCGGAACUUCGCUUAGUUUAGUUUUCAUUCACGUUUUAUAGAUUAUUAUGAUCCUUCACCGUUUAAGAAUCAUGAGAGUAACAGCUCCGUUUAUGAGCCAGUUUUAAAAAACAUUAUGUAAUGAACGAGUGAAUGAAUGAAAGAGCGAAUGAACGAAAAAAUACGAAUGAAUAAAUGAAUGAAGGAAGGAAGGAAGGAAGGAAGGAAGGAAGGAAGCAAGGUGGGAGGGAAUGGACGAACAUUAUCGAACCUACAAUCAGUAGGCAUGAAAAUAACGGAACUUAAUAGCCCCCGGCAUUGUUCAAAGUCGAAUUCUUCCUGACCACGUUUAGCCCGUCAUACCUUAUAUAAUAUGUUUAAUUUUACGUAAUGAAAUUCUCAGAAAAUCCGCUUUCACUGCCAAUCUGUCUAAAAACAUGAAAGGUAACCGCUAGGAAGAAUUUUUACCCUUCACUAAAAGUGUUUUGUCAUAACCGCAGAUUUGGUUCAAGAAUAGGAGAGCCAAGUUCCGCAAGGAAAAAAAAUGUUCUAUGCUCGGUGUGGACAAAGAUCAGGGUGUCGCAGAUUCUAAUAGUACGGGAAUAUCAAUGCGACCAGCUCUCCGCCACGCGGUUGUACCAUCGUGGUCAUCUCUGUUACCUGCAGCACAAGACAACAGAGCUACUACCGUGGAGCAAAACCAGCUUCGACUACCUUCCAGUGGCGAAUCCAGGGGAGGGGCCCGGGGGGGGGGGGGCGGCCCCCCUUAUUUUUAGACUAAACAAAAACGUUUUUUGAGACUGCACCCCUUAUCUCCCCACGGUCUGGAUGACCCCCCACUCACCCCCUUAUCUAAAGGUCUGGAUCCGCCCCUGCCUUCAAACGUUUCUUGUCAUCAUCGACAUCCUCUUGGAAGAUAACGUAACUGGAAUAUCAUGACUAUUGCUGCUUCCUUGAGUUCUAAUUACGCUUGCUUGUGGAUAGUAAUAUGUUCAGCCUCAGGGGCGGAUCUAGGGGGAGGGUGCAGGGGGUGCGCACCCCCCCUUGAGAUGACCUGCGGUUUUCCAACACAACUGGUAUUCUGCAAAAAAAAAAGAACUAUGUGGUUUGUUGGUGUUGAAGUAGAGCAAGAGACGAGUGCACCCCGUCUUAAAACAAAUCCUGGAUCCGCCCCUGAGCCUGCAUAACAGGCAUUAUUUUUUGGCGUUUUUCAGAUAAGCGAAGGCAAGCGCGAAACGUGCGAGGAGCCAGACCUUAAAAACGCGAAAGAAUGCAGGUUAUAAUGCAGGUUAUAAUAUGUGUAAUGUGUUCUCAGGGGCACCCAACGGCAAUUUUCGGGAAAAUAUCUGUUCGGAAGACGAUUUGAGAACUAGAAUUUUCGGAACAUUUGUUGUAAAAUUUCUUGCUUGCCUGCCUCUCCUAGGAUUUUCGAACAUCUACAAAAUGGUAUAAUUACCCAUUUUAAACGGAUAUUUACCCUAAAAAAGGCCACCUAGAAUUUUCGGGAGGCUUCUCCGGCCUGAAAUUUUCGAAAAGGUAAGUUUUGAUCGCUAUAAUUUUCGGAUCACUAGACUUUCAGCUAGGAAAUCCGAACAGAUGAAAAGUUUUUAGGGGAUAAAAAUAUGCCUAUAUCUACCGUUUAAAUACGAAAAUACGUUCAACAAUGUUAUGUUAAGUGGUUUUGAACUAUAUCCUCGUUGGGUGCCCCUGUGUUCUUCUAUCAUGACUUAAAUAAUAAUGAUAAAUAUAGAGCUGGUAGAGUCAGGUAGAGAAAGCGCGGUGCAUAAAAGUCUUAUGCUAUGAGAUACCUCUAAGACUGCCCUCAGUUAAUCAAUAAUAACAUUAUAAAAACAUUUUCAGCAAUCGGGAAUCCAGUCAUUUUAUAUGUAUAAAAUGAGAUUGGCUCGGAUGCUAUGGUCGACCGAGCAACACAAGUUGGAACUAGAAAAAGCAAGAAAGCACUAGAAAAAAGGUGUUAGUUAAAACCAACCUUGGUUCUGGAAUUAUGUGUCAAGACCCUUCACUGAGAUAUGUGGCACUUAAAAAUGAUGCAUACAUAUUCAUCUAAGAAAAGGUGACGCAAAUUGUACGAACAUAAUCGCAGGAAACAAAUAAGUUGGGGGAACAGGAAUAAAGAAAAAUAAAAACAAACAUUACCACACCCAAGGAGACACUUCUGAAAGUUUGGUUUCCCUACAAAUUGCGGUAAACCCACGCUCCGGGAGUUACCAAUGGAGUAACUUUGUAACCAGACAGACUGAGAAGACAUUUCUAAAACGCGUCAUCCGUUGACUCCUUUCUUCCGCAAAAUUUUCCUGUGAAGUUCUUCUGAAAGAUUCAGCACAAAAAUUCUUGAUGCACAUUUUUGGUCAGAUAUCCUUGACUUAAAUAUUUGCAUAUGACAUUCAGAAUAAUAAUUAAAUCGCUAUCCUGCGGAUUCUAAAGUCGCUACAAUGCGUUACAGUAUACAUGCUAUGUGUUACAGUACACAGUUUACCAGACCUCUCUGGAUGUGGCGCCCAGUCACAGAAACGCCCACGUUUAUUAAUCUCUCUCUUUCACUUAGAAAGUUUCAUUUAUUAAGACACGGUUUAGACCUUCCCAUGUAGUUAUCUUAACCUCUCUGCUCGUUUAUUUUGAGAACUGGCAAUCAGAAUAGAAAGCUUAACAGCUAACUGUACCGUUCCAAAUUCUUAGUGAGUACCUCUUGUAAAUUCAGUAUCAAGUUAUAUACUCUGCAACGUCUGGCCAGAUUUCACAACUGGUUUUUUGUAAUCAGGGAGUUCAUAGGCGCCUGUCGCAAGGAUAUCCGCGUGUUCUCUCCAGCUCAUACACUAGGGAAGCGGCACACAAACCAUAUAAAAAAAGAAAAAUGCCAUGCCAAUGCUUCCUUACGACACAGCAGGCAAAACAUUAACAUUCGAUUUUCACACCCUCUCUUUGGGGUAACGGAAAAUCAGAUUACCUUAAGGCGAUAAUGAACACUUAGGGUUCCCUUGAGCCCUUGAUCGGUUUUUACAGCUUUGUUUUAUAAAUUCUGAAAUAGAAGCGAGAUUAUCGGCGGUCUGUAAACUUUCUAUAUAAUAAACACGUGCUCACUUUUGCAGCCCUGAGAAGCAAAGAAUACUGUGACACUGACUACGUCCCUUCCCUCUAUUUUCUUAAGAGGGAUGGAAAAUUUUGGGCAUACCCGUACAGAAGGUGUGCUCAAAGAUGUGCUAUCAAGUAAGUCUGUGAAGUGUUACUUGAAAAAACGGCCAUGCAAUUAAAACUACCACCAUUACGGUUUGUGUACAUUGUUGUUAUUAUUCUAAUUACUUUCUACGCAGGAGGUCCAUGAUAAAAAGUAAAGACGUGACUGGAAGGGGAAGUUGUUUUUCGCCCGCUUUCCUUCUAUCAAUUUCUUUUUUUAUCAUUAUCAAAAUCUAAAGGAACAUGAACUAAAAAAAAAUGGUAGAGAAGUGACAAUUCGAUCGGCAGUUACAAUGAAAAUCCCUUCCUACAAGUACUGAUUAGUAAAUUGCGGAUUUAAUGCCAUUAUGAGGGAUUAUAGCAUCGGCUUAGAAAUAAUUUGAAGAGCGACUAAUGGUUUUCAAUAAAGCUUUUCUUUUCUACAUCAAUUAUGUUCUUCUGGAGGAGAACUGAAAGUCGGGUCUUUUAUUCGAAGACAAAAGGAGCAACACGAAUAGAAAAGUAGCUCUUUGCUCUUUCCAUAACGAGAAGCAAGAGUCAAGAGCAAUUUAGGUUGUUUUUAUGUUUCUAAAACGGUCUGAUAUUAACUUUCGCUACCGGAUAAAUGUACGGGCCAAAAGUCAAGAGGGGCUUUAGUAUCAUCGAUUUUUAAGUCAAAAAAAAUAUAUAAGAUAAUGGUGUUCAAAGAAAGCUCAGGCAAAAGUGCGAUUUGCACGUAUCAGUAAUAGCUCCCAUACAAAAAGAUCGUGCUAAUUGGUUACUACCACAAUAACUGCCUUUAGGUGGGGUAUAGUCAUUUCCAAUUAAAUUACCAUCAAUCAGAGCGACAGGUUUCACUUAUCGGCAUUUUACCAAAACAAAUACCGGCAGCAAAAGAAGGGAGAUUUGAAUCAUCAAUCAAACACGUUAGAGGGACGACGUGCAAGUUUCGUACGCGAGGUUCAUUUGUCGGCUGUUUUGGAUCACCAGCAAAGUGAGCAGGAGUCUAAAGGUAUCCGUUAUGUUAAUAAUCUCUGGUUUAUAUGCGGGGGUAGAAUUGGGCCAUUAACUAAUUUCAUUUCUGCCGCUUCAGGUCCCCAAUAAUCUUCUCUAGAUAAGUGGAGGCACUACACAGUUUUCAACAGUGUUUUUAACCAGCUUCCGUAGCCUGUAGUACCGCACCUAACAUACUCACAUCUACUGAAUAAAGUAUAUACUCAUCGUCUAUGUUUCUUACAUUCGUUUUCUUUCUAUUUUCUUUUGGUUUUAUUUUUUGAAUUUCUAUUCCAUUUUGAUAUCCAAAAAGGGGUUUUGAACAAAGCCUUUAGGAGCAAAUAUCGAACUUCUGGGCUAAUAUACUGUUUGUAUAAAACUCUCACCCGAAACAAUGUCAUAAUUCAUCAAUUGUAAAUGUUCAUGCUAAUGCAUAAAAUAUUGGAAUGCAGGCCACUUAGCGAAGUGUACACAAAAUAAUCGCAUUAAAAUACCGACCCGGUAAGGCCGUUUAGAGCUACAGCCAUAAGAGUGUAUGCACACUAAGACUUAAAAUACAAAUGUGAUCAUAAAUAAAAUUAUCAUGUUCAGUUGAAAUAGCAUUACGUAAAAAUUUUGAUGUCCGUAAUCUUAAUUAAAAUUCUUCCAAUUCGAUAUGGCUAAACUAAUGUUUUAAAAAGACUUAGAGAUCGUCUUCGUAGACUAGAGGAAUUUUCGGAUUUCUCGCGCAUCACUGCCGAGGAUGUUAGCUCAGCAGGUAUGAAACUCCUGUAAUACCGUGUGACAGUUUCCAGAAAACACCACAGAAGUUACGUAGUAAAACCACGCCGACUUCCGACUAUAAAACCAUGUGAGCUCAUGAUUGCAGCCUGAAAAGAACGUUAACGUUUAUCGGUAUUUCACUCUAAACUUAUCCUUUCUUCAGGGUUGCGGCUUCGCCUUUUGCGACAACUAAGAUCAUCAGCGUGUGCCUCAUCAUCUUACCUAAUGGAUUCCGCGUCGUCAUUUUCAAUCGACAAUAUAUUAAGAAAUAAUCCAUCAUCGAGAAAUACAAGCCAGUUGUUUAGUGGACAGAAUGGACACCGCGCUCUCACAUUAGCGGAGCGCUUAGCAGGUAUGUUGUAGAACUUUAAUUUCUUUCUUAAUUUGAUAUUUGGAACUAUCAUAUUUGAAACAGCUAAGAGAAAGGGUGAAAUUAAAUCAACCAUCUGCAAAACACUUUAUCAUCGAUUAAAUCGUCAACGCGAGAAUGAAAUUAUGAUUGACUUAGGCGGUUUUACAUGUAAACCCAUGGAGUUUUUAUAGCAUCAGACUGAAAACGCGAAAUCCUUAUUCAUUUGGGUUAUAAUUCUACGAGGAAACUAAUGCUAUCCUUGCUUAUGCCACUUCCCUCGAGAAAAAUAUUCAGGCCAAGGAUAAAGAACUGACUUCAAAUCCGUUCAGAUGCAUUUCAAAAGAAACAGAGCAAACUAUCUACUGCCUCUUAGUAUCUGUCAGUAAGAGCUCAAUGGAUAGACGGGUUGUUUAUUUGGUAUGAGUUGAUGUUGUUUCAAAAAGCCACCUUGUGAGUUAUCAUUCAAUUCACUUAUUUAGCUAACACGCCAGUCAUUUUCCCUGAAAUUUUCGGUGGCUCUAUUUCUUCAGUUUAAAAAAAGAUCUGUGUUUCAGUUAAAGGGAAACAAAAUACAACAAACUCUGCAGUUUGCAGGGUGGCAAUGCGUAAUCUCGUAAAUCUCACCACAAUGCAUACUUUCAUUACCAUUUAAACCAGGCAGUUAAACUUGUAAAGCUACAUGCGAACGGACGCAACAAUGUUAGCCUAUUGUUCAACAUUGUUGCGUCCGUUUGCUAAAAGUUUGACCGGUUUCAAACUCUGCGCAGCAACAUGCAACAGGGUGCGCAAACGAACGCAACAUGUAAAAUCCAACAAUGUUGGGAGUUGUUGGUCACCAAUUUUUUACGUCCUUUUGCACGUAGCUUAAAAACCACAUGGAACGAAAGCUGACAAAAAAUGAAUAUCAAAUCUAUUCAGCGAUUCUGAAACUCCAACUAAAAAGUAUAAGAGGAAAGGUGGGCGAUAAUAUAUCAGUCUGAAAAGGCGGGAGAGCCUCUCUCUUGUUGGGGCUGCGUCCUUCAGUAGUUCCACUGUGCAGUCCUAUGGUCUCCCGUUCCCCUGGGAGACUUUUGAUUUUGGGGUGGGCCUGAAUGCAUUCCAGUGCUUAAGUGUCAAGGGAAAGAAACAUAGCCGUGAGCACGGUAAUUUUAGUUGCACAGCAUUUGGUUUCUUCCGGCAAUAACAUGUGCUUUGUUUUUCAAAUUAAAAGGUUUUUAAACAAAUGAAAGGAUUUCUUUUCUCUGUUAACAAAAAGUUUUUGAGUGGUCGGCGCGAGGACUGGAUGGUGGUUUUCGUCGAGCGCCGCGGCAAAAAAAUACGGAUGUAUUUUUUCACACAUACAUAUUUUUGGUAAUUCACUCUCACGUAAAAACUACUUGUUUUACAUAUUUGUUCAUACAUACGGAUGUGACCAGGAAUUGAACUAUCAAAUAGGACUGUACACUCUUUUUUUUAUAUAUAUAAAUGUUGUUUUUCCGGCCGGGGCUAAAUAUUUUUAUUUUUUUGUCGAUUUUACGCUGAAAAUAUUUCGUUGAAUUAUUCUUAAUUAUUAAUUAUAGCCUGUGCCAUUUUCCGCUUUAGAAUGUAUUAGGAUUUCAAUUACCAGUGUUCUACCCUGGGUACCAGUUUUCUUGCCGUUUAGCAAAAGGAAUAAUUUUCGGGAAAAAAAGAACGGGUCACUUUAAAACCAAAACCGGAAAAUGUACUGAAAAGUUUCUGGCAUCCAGGGAUGUUCUUGCCGUUUAGUAAAAGGAAUAAUUUUCGAGUUUAAACCAAUAUGAAUAUUCUUUCAAAAUUUUUCAAAUUUUCAGCCUCAAUAUUUUAAUAAAAUAUAAUUGUUAUGGAAAAAAAAAGCGUACGGUGUUGCAACGUGUUUGUUUAAUCCAAAUAAAAUACUAAUGUUUCUAUAGUUUUGUCAGCUUGUAGUUUUAAUGAAAAAGGAAGAAUUUACCAAAAUAAUUUACCAAAAUUAAACUAGCGGAAUGUGUUUGUUGCAGAUGUAAUCCUUGAGGUUCACUACAGUACCGCAAGGGGGAAGCACCGUCGAUCGCGCACAGCUUUUACUUAUCAACAGCUUCAGCUGCUAGAAAACACCUUUAGUAAAACGCAUUACCCGGAUGUUGUUAUGAGAGAACAGUUGGCACAUUGGACAGAUCUUCCAGAAUCAAGAAUUCAGGUACGAGGAAUUACUGUCAGUUAAAAAUUGUGUACCACCAAAAAAGUCAUCAUAGACCAACUCAUUGAUAUUUUCCACAGCCAAUAACAAUUUUAGCUUAAGGAAUAGUCCUACCACUCUUUUUUUAUAAGAAUAUAUUUUAUAAGAAUACUGAGGCUGAAAUUUGGGAAAACUUCUGAAUAUUUUAAGAUUCGUAAACCCCGGGCUGAUUCCUUUCUCUAAACGCAAAACUAAUCAACAAAAGGAAAAGAAAAGAGUAUAUGCGUGCUUCUGGUUAUGUGAACAGUUGUUUGAAGAAAUUAGAGUCAAACCUUUCUGCAAAGGCAAUCUUGGUGAAAGAGGCCAGUGGCCAUUGUAGAGUGGUAGCCAUUCUGGUGAUGAAGGCGCAAAGUGACACUACUUUUGAAGGAAAAGGGGUGGAACACUCAUAUUCUUAAAAAUGUUUACUAUAGUAUAUACAUGAAGGUAACACAAGCAAAAUGGGUCAGCAAAACAGAAAACAAAUUUUGGCAACAAAAAUAUUUUAAAAUACUGUAGGUAAAGGUACAAUGAAUAUGUUGUGGUUCAAUUUUAUCGUUGGUUUCAAAUUUUAUUUUCAUUUGUUUCAAACUCAUCACACAUUACCAUACCUCAAAAAACAAGGUUAAAAUUGAACUACGACAAAUAUAUUUAUCAGGAGCCUAUUACCCGUAUUUGUACAUCAUUUACUUAAAUGGCCAAUGUGGAAAGGUUAUAGUAACACUAGGGAGGCGUUUUACUAACCGUCACCGUUAUAGUGGUAAAACGGUGAAUGUAAGGAAAGGUCCCCCGGACAAAAAACAGAGGCCGGUGUGGAAAGAUGGCUGUUAGAAGAGGUUCCACAACACGUCAUACUAGCCAGUACACAUGCACUUUUUUCUUCCUUUUUAUUUUCAUUUGGCGAGUGUGGAGAAAACCUUGCACUUAAGGUCAAAAAAUCUUCCGCGGUUAUUAUUUUCUUACUAGCGCUCGAACAUCUCUAAAAAGAAACGUUAGUUGUCUGUGAACAAGCUAAUGGCGCGGACACGGACACAUAGAGUGAAGGUUCAUGGUUGAAUCUUCGUUUUUUAUGAAAAGACAGUGGUAUUUACAUUACACAUGUUACAUUACAUAGGUUUGGUUCAAAAACCGAAGGGCCAAGCACAGAAAGCAAGAACAAGUGAGAAAAUUUAAAAAUUCUGGCAGCGGCGUUAAGCCUUCCUCUAAAAUGGAAAAAACACUGGAUAACACUACUUCAGAGAGUAAGGCAACAAUGAGAGUUCCAUUGCCGGUCCCACCGAGUAUAAGUCUAACAGACGACAGUACACCGUCAUCAGCAGAAACGACAGUUAAAACAACUAAACGUGAAUUAGCAAUAAGUGCAAAGUUAACUUCAAACACAAGCGCCCAGAUAUUUUCCCAUCAUGGACAGCCCUACACUUACGAACAAUAUCCAGUCAACCGGUACGAUAAUCAGUGGCUUUGCUCUGAUCUAGAGUCUAGUUAUCCAGCUCUACCAGCGAUUGACAACGGCGCUCAUAGUUGUUCUGGUUUUGACCACGAUAUGAGGCCAGAAAGAAACAUACCAAGUGCAACAUUCUCUGCAAGGAGACCUACUUCAUCAAGUGUCGAUUUGUGGCGAUGUCAGGCAGGCUUACACAGCGGCUAUUGUAAAUGGACCGGUCCUACGGGGUGUUACCCAUACUGA